AUGAAUAAAAUUUUGGUCAAAAUUAUGUUGGAGUUACGAUAAGUUACCAACCAGACCUGGGAAUUUACGUUUACGGCUUUCAGAAGCGUAAAAUAUCGGUGCCACGUCAAAAUUACCCGGGUCUGGUCCAUAUCCCUUUUUCGUCUGGUGUCUCUUCUGCACACACAUGCUAAUUUUUACUCUCUCGUUCUCUCUCACGUGAAAAAGCUUUUCCUUAAUUAAAAGAUCUCAUUUUUCCAGUGUUGUUGAAGCGGAUGUUUGCCUUAUGGAAAGUGAUAGUCGAGGACAUCUCCUGAUUGCGGUUUUGUGUUUUUUAACGAUUCAGCAAAAUGGGUUGAAUGAAAUUGAUUUGAGGAGAUUGUUGGCUGAUGAACAUGCGCUGCUUCCGAUGGGAAUCAGGAGGAAUUAUCGGAAUUUACCGUUUGGUGAGCUCUGAGUUUUGUUAUCCAAAAAAUAGCUCACUUUUGUGUAUUUUCAAGAUUACUGUGCCGAAUGCUAUGGCCAUACAAAUCCCCAAAUUCUACCAAUCCGCUGGUAUUACAUAAUAAAUCGCAUCGGUCAUCUUUUGAUUGCAAUCGACUCAGAUGACAAUCACUUUUUGAUACCUGCCGCCUGCCAACGAAUUAUUCGCAAAAAAUUUCUCACCAAACCCGUGCACCUGGAACACUUUCAAAAAUUGCUGACAUCUUUUUAUUCGACUAAAGAAAAACUAUAA